AUGGAUGAUUUUGUAAGAAACAAACUGCUUGAAUGGGGGCUAAGUGAGUGGGUGGAGAAAUUUAAAGAUAAAAAAAUUGAUGCAGAAAGUCUGUAUGAUCUUGAUGAUGAAGAAAUUGAUCAUGUGAUCACAAAAGCUGGACCAAGAGUGAAAUUCAAGAAGAACCUCAGGCUGUUAAAGUGUAAACAGGAGCAAAAAGCAGCUGAUUUGGCUCAGGUCUUUCCAUCCACAAGUGAUACAGGAAAGAGAAAAUCUGAUCUUCAAAGUGACGCCAGCAGGUUACAACCACCAGCUAAGCGACAACGUCUGUCUGUGCCGGGAUUUGCAGAAUCAGUCAUACUGUCUGAUGCAAAAAGCAUCAUGACAUUUGCACAUGCCAGACUACAUCACCAAGACAAACUCUGUGCUUUCUUGAAGAAAAAAAUCAGUGAUUUGGAGACAGACAAGAGGGAGCUGGUUGGUGUCUUUGGUAAAACUGGGGCUGGAAAGAGCUCUUUGAUAAAUGCCAUUAUUGAAGAGAAGAAUCUUUUACCCUCAGGAAGUAUCAAUGCCUGCACCUCAGUCAUGAUUAAAUUGGAAGCUAACACCUACAGCUCAAAGUAUGAGGCAGAAAUUGAGUUCAUUACAAAAGAGGAGUGGAAAGAUGAGUUGUGGUCAUUUCAUCAGUUUUCUUGCAAAAAUGGAGAUCACGAAAUGGAAGAUAAUGAUGAUCAUCAUGAUGCUGUGGAAAAGCUGUCAGCAGUGUAUGGAGAAGAAUGGAAACAAAAGUCUUCUGAAAACCUCAUGAAGAGCAAAUAUUUCAAAGCAAUUCCAGAAUUUCUCCAAUCCAAGAGGAAGAUUUUGACAUGUGAAUCGGCUAAUGAACUCUGUGCAAAAGUUGUCAAAUACACAAGAAGUGAUUCAAAACAAGGAGAAGGCAAUGAAGGAAAAACAUGGUUUUGGCCACUAGUGAAGUGUGUGACUGUCAGGGUGCCAAACAAUCCUCUUCUCCAGCAUGUCACACUUGUGGACCUUCCUGGAAAUGAAAUACCCAAACUUCAGAGAUUUUUGCAAGAUCUCAAUGACUGUCACUCAGAGACAGUAAACUACGUGAAUCGAGCUCACGGGAUUCUGUCUUUGAUUCAAGGCGCCAACUCCAGAGGAGUGGUCCUUAGAGUGGCUUUUAAAACCAACUGA